AUGGCACCAGAGGUCGUCGUUAACCGAACUCAUUUGAUACAUCCUUGUUAUGAACUAGAUCAUCUGUAUUAUGUACCGUCAAAAACCCAUUCCUUACAGUGUGUUUUAUUGAAUAUAUUUCUUUGUUUAUUAUGUGUCAUCAUAAUAUGUGGAAACCUUCUCAUAAUCAUCUCUGUGGUUUAUUUCAAACAGCUUCACACUCCUACUAAUUAUCUCAUUCUCUCUCUGGCAGUGGCUGACUUGCUUGUUGGUGUUUUAGUGUUUCCCCUCAGCGUAGAAUUCACCGUCACUUAUUGUGCCUAUCAAGAGGAACUGCUUUGUAAAGUGCGAAGCAGCGUCGACGUAACACUGAGCACUGCUUCUAUUUUACAUUUAUGCUGUAUUUCUAUAGAUAGAUAUCAUGCAGUGUGUAAGCCUCUGACUUAUAGAACUACAAUCACUGUUCAUGUUGUUGUGUUCAUGAUCUUGGUGAGCUGGAGUCUCUCUGUUCUAGUUGCGAUUGGCUUUUUGGUUGCAGAAUUAAACUAUGCAAAGUGUACAGAAGAAUGUUACAUUGAUGUUUUGCUUGCAAAUAUUUUGGGAGUCAUUUGCGCCUUUUACCUACCUGUGAGUGUAAUGAUAUGUAUCUAUGUAAAGAUCUUCCUUGUCGCACAGAAACAGGCACGCAGCAUCCAAAACACAAGCUAUCAGAGCAGGACGACAGGAGCAGCUGUCAGUAAGAUGGAGAGAAAGGCCACCAAAACUCUGACUAUAGUUAUGGGUGUUUUCCUCAUCUGUUGGAGUCCUUUCUUUCUGUAUUUUUCUGUGUAUCUUUUAAACCAAGUGUUGAUACCGAUAGCGGUUGUUGAAACACUUACCUGGCUGGCUCUGUCAAAUUCAAUGCUCAAUCCAUUCAUUUAUGCUUUCUUUUACAGCUGGUUCCAGUCUGCUUUUAAAAUGAUUGUAUCAGGAAAAAUAUUCAAAGGAGAUUUUUGUAGCACCAGACUUCACUGA